CUCCCAUUUAAUUCCAAGACCUCACUUCGUCACAUAGGGAAAAACAAUGGCGCCCGGACCAAAGAAGAUUGUGAACGUGGAGAGAGGAAAGCACCAGCCGCAUGAGUUCGAUAAGUACGAGGGCGUUGUGCUGGAGACUGCCCACAUUCAGACACCGAUUGAAGAGAUCUACUUCACUGGCAAUAUGCUUUCCAAGUAUGAAGCGUGCACAGAGUCUUUGAAGGACAUAAUCAAUACUGAUGGUGACAAUGAAGAGACAUGGGAAAAGUUCGAUGCAUACUUCACGAAGUUCCUCAACAUGAGUUGGGCAACGAAUUGGGAUGGCAUGAAGUAUGACAUUGUGUUCUAUGGUGUAUCUGGAUACACUGGGUAUUUGAUGAUUCAGUACUUGAAGAGAACUGCUUUGAAGAGAAAUCCAGAGCCCUUCACGUUCGCCUUUGCUGGGCGAACAGCAAACAAGGUGCGAGAAUUGCGGGACCGUGAGUUCAUGGGCACAGAUUGGGAAGAUAUCCCAAUUCUUCAGGCUUCCUACGAUGAUGUGUUUUCUCUAAUGGACCUGUGCCGCAGUGCUUACGUUAUUGUCAAUGUCGCUGGCCCGUACAUGCUGACACAGGGAGAGCUUCUUCUUGAUUGCUGCUGCCGUUGUGGCACGGACUACUGUGAUGUCAGUGGGGAAAUCCCGUGGUCGCAUCGCACGCUAGCAUUGCAUGAGCAGGCCCGCAAGAGCAAGGUGACCUUGAUUCCCAGUGCAGCUGUGGCUGGUGGAUAUCCUGACCUCCUGACCUUCCUGCUGGCGAAGAAGCUUCGGGAAGAACAUGGAGAAGAGCUUCGAAGAUCCAUUGGCUUCUUCACUGGCGGUGGCACUGUUGCUGGAGCGUCUGGAGGUACUUUGGCCAGCCGCGGAGCCAUGAGCAAUGCCUCCGAUGAGACUAGAAAACUGAUGGCAGACCCAUUCGCACUAGGAGGCUUCAUUCCGUCCUUUGACAGGAAUGGCAUGAAAGAGAUGAAUAUCCAGACAGGGACUGGCAAAGUGACUCACAAGGUUCGAAAGGAGGACACCGAUGCGCAACUUUCCAAAGUUUCUCAGUGCCCGUACACAGGUGUUUGGAGAGCUCCUCAUAUGUAUUCUUACUUUGAUACGCGUAUUUGUCGACGCUCCAAUGCCCUGCUCGCGGACCGGAUGAACCAGCCGUAUGGAAAGGACUUUUGCUUCCAGGAGUUUCUGAUGCUGCCGCCGGAAAUUGCUCAAAUGGCGGCCUCUGGGGUGAAAGCUCCUGCAGGACCAUCAGUGGCUGAUGAAAAGGCUGCUUUGAAGGAGAAGGGGCUGUAUUUUCAGCAAGGUUCAGGUCCUGAUCUCAACGCGCUGGAUGAUGCCUACAUAAGUAUCAAUAUGUGGGCACAGACUACUGGCGGUCAUGAAGCAAGGUGCGGCCUGGUGGGCCGUGAUGGUUAUUUUGAGACUGCAAGAUGUGCGGUUGAAAUGGCCAUGACGUUGCGCUUUGACAAGGAGAAAUUGCCAGUUGUCGGCGGUGUGCUCAACGCCACUGUUGUGGGACAGACAUGGUACGCUGAUCGUUUGAUCAACAGUGGUAUGGGCUUCCGGAUGGGCGAUUGGUUUGCUUUCGAGGAGAUGAAACCGCCGCCUUUCUGAGCCAGCUCAGCCAGCUCCAUGAAUCACACCUCUUGCUCGCUCUUCCUAUCGCUCUUUCGCGAGCUCCAUUGUUGAAGCAGGAAGUAGGUGAACUCUAUCCAGAGUGAAGUUCCAGCUUCCUUAAACCUCAAACAACAGGGGAGCAAAGUUCAGA